CUAGUUAUCACCAUAGUAAUAAUCAAAUAAAACCUAACAAAACUUUAAGUUGGAUAAAGUGUGUGUAAUCCAUAGGUUUCGCGUUUUCUUUAUAUUAUUUAUAAAGAAUUCUUUAUAUUAUUUCUUUAUAUUUAUUAUUCAUGUAUUUUCCUAUUUUUAAAGACCAUGCCAUUUUUCGGUAGGAAAUUUACAACUUCUAAGCUGCCUAAACGUAAAAAAAUACCUUUUCAUUCUGAGGUAAGAAUCCCAGAAAAUUCAGAAGAGCCUAUAAAAAUUAAACUUGGGUCUCUGGAAUCGACGUUCGUUGAUGGCGAAUGGAAACCUGAACCCAACAUCGAACUGUUUAAAGAAAAUGCAUAUUUGAAAGAAGUAUCAACCCAUUUAAAAGAAGAAAACAAUUUACUAAGAAUGAAAAUAGAAAUAUUAAUAGAUAUGCUCACAGAAGUGACAUGGGACUUUGAUCAAAGAAAAGGUGUUGCAUUUUACAAAGAGGGUGAAAGGAUUUAAAGUGAGACAAUCUUCAAAACCUAUUACAGGAAAUUUUUUUUAAAUGAAAUUAAUCUUUGCUUUUUUGUACUUCAUAUUGAAUCAAUGGAAUGUAUAAUAAUAACACAAUUUUUACAAGUGUGAAGUUUUAAAUACUGAAAUAAAUAAAUAUUUUAAUUAUCUCUCUUAAUCACUAAUAAAUGAAUUCAUAUACUUUCAUUUUUAUGAUGCAAAAUUAAUGGAAAUCAGUUUAAAGGCAGCAAUCACUGUGGAUCAAUUAUAAAACAUUAUUAUGAUUUGCAAUAUCUUCUGUUUCAUUCUCCAUUUUGGGGACAAUUCCUUCUGGUGUGACCUAAAAGAAACAGAGAAGUUAA